AUGUCCAAACAACCAUCUUUAAACACAUCACCAUCUGGAACAAGAUUCAGAUACGGUCUUGGAUAUGCCUAUGCUGACGUUUCCAAGCAAUCACUCGAGAUUAGUAGCAAUUGGUUAAACGAAACUACUGCCCUUUCCCACACUCUCAAUCAAAUUUACAAGCAUUACCAACAAGAUGGUGAGUCUGUAUCGUCGUCCUCAUCGGUUCCAGUCUGGCUCAUGUAUAAUGAUCAACCACCCAUCUACAAACAUUACUCUGCCGAAAACCAAGUCUAUGAAUUUGACUUUGAAGAUCUUCCAGAAGAUUUAUUAGAGGAAAUGUUUGGUAGUGUAAGCAGCGACUAUGCACAUUCAAAGGGUAGUUUGGCGUUUAAUGAUGAUCAUGGAUUCUGGCUUAUUCACUCGACCCCAAGAUUCCCAUGGGAUGCCAAGUCGUACCCCUACCAGUACCCAUCCAACGAAGUCAAGAAUGGUCAGUCCUAUCUAUGUGUCUCUUACAAUGCCGACCAGUUUGACAGUAUCAUCAAGAUGCUCUAUGUCAACCGUGCCUAUGUCUACACGUACGAUGUGCCAACCGAGACCAAGCUUCCCAUGACCGAGCUCAAGAACUUAUUGUCGGGUGGCUUUGAAGCGUCGCCUACUGCCACAUCCAAGGUACUCACUUCUAGUGCCAAGACCGAGGUAACUGUCUUUGCCAAGAACAAACAGUGGUACAGCGACCUCUACGAAGACCUUCUCCAACCCACCAUCCAACAAAACAUGAUUGUCACGACCUGGAGAAUCGGUAGCAACAGCUCUGUCAUGCCAUCGUUCUGUCCACCACAGUACAAGUACGACUCGAUCAACACCGUCCAACUCACCAUCUCCGAGGGUACCGACAAUGUCAUGACGUGGAAGUACACCAAGGAUCACAGCAAGUGGGCCAUCUCUAUGCCCGACGAACCAACUUUCUAUGUAUGCAUCGGUGAUAUCAACAAGACCUACAGUCAAUACAACCGUGGAGGAGGUACAGCUUGCAUCGUCAGCAAAACUCUUUGGGAAUCUUAUUAUGCAAUGGUUGCUGCAAUGAAUGGGUGCCCAACUACUGACUAA